UAGAUAGAUAGAUAGAUAUAGGAAGAUAGAUUCGUCUACUUGUAGCUGUAUAUUUUCCUAUCUAUUUAUGUAUGCAUGCAGUCAUUACAUUACAUUACAUUACAUCUCCACCACUACUGUUUAUGUUUGUUUGCUGUAAACCACACGCCGCUCUCUCUCGGAGGCCAAUAAUGCAAGCGCGCGAACACUUCUCUCUCUCUCUCUCUCUCUCUCACAACACAUCAACUGAACAACGAAACCCGUAUUUCCUUACCCUCGCCACAGUCGCUGUCGUGGAGUAAUAUAGUGUAUAUGUAGAAGGAUAUUCGUUAACCAGUCUUUUAAAAGAUUGGUUUCUCAUUCUCUUUCGUAAUCUCUUAUUAUCCAGUCGAAACCUUAACGCGAACCAAUCAACACUACAAUUGCUACAGCCAGCUCCAUUAAGCUCUUUUUGUUUUCACUCUCUUAAUUUAAUUUUCUGUCAUUUAUUUAUUUAAUUAUUUAUUCGUAUAUUUCAUUUUGUUCUUAAAUUAUAAUUAAACUACUACUACUACUGCUGCUGUUGCUGCUGCUGCUGCUGCCGUCGUCAUCGUUGUCAUCAGAAUCGGAGUAAAAACCAUAACAUUGGAUUUCCCAUUGUUUUGAUUCAUACGAAGAGAAAUCAUAAGCCCUCCCACUCUUUCUCUGUGCCUCCACAUAUAUUAUUAUUUAUACAUAAACACACAUACAUAUGCGCACGCACACCUUAAUACAUACACACAUUAAUACACACACACAUACAUAUAACGCAUACACCCACAUUCUCAUACAUACAUAUAUACAUACAUCUUCAUUUUAAAAGAAAACGAAAAAGAGAAAGAAGGAAACAAAGAGAAAGACAGAGAAGGAGAGAGAGAGAGACAGAAGGAAUAUAGUGAAAAAGUGAUCACAAGGGGGGAAAAAAAUCAAUCGUUUUUAUUUAAUUUUUCCUUUCAAAGAGUAAAAGAAAAAAAGAAAAAGAAAACUGAGGAAAUCCACGUAAAUAAAAGAAGAAAAAACCGAUAAGGACAAUAACAAAAGGCGCACACUUGUCAGCUAGAUUUGAAGAUUAACUUCGGGUUAUAAUUAUUGUUCUUCUUACUAUCGCUGUUGUUAUUGUUGUCGUUGAUUCUCCGUGAAUUUUUUCUUCUUCGUUUCUUCUUCUUUUUCCCUCCGUUUUCCUCUUUGUCUUUUUCGUUACUUCCCCUCUUUCUCAGCUUCUUCCCCCCCUCUCUGUUUUCUCUCCCCGUCUUUCUUCUCACUUUUUCUAAACACAAAAGAACAGUUUUUCACGCCAAAAGGUUAAAAGAAAAAGAAAAAGAAAAAAAAAAACCCCUCGAAAACCUACGCAAGCAAAAAAACAAAACAACACAACACAAAACAAAAAGCCCACCCCAAAAGGAGAGAGUGAAAUAAGAGACAAUGAGCCGCCGUGCUAGUUUCUUCAAUAAGCAAAACCCUGGUAAACCUCGGGUAAGGUUUGCCGACGAAUUAGUGUUUAAUGAUAAUGUCAAAGAACAGGACAUACCGGCGAUGGAAGCUAUGUUAAGGAGAUCGAGUUUACAGAUGGAUAUUAACAGUAUCAACAGCGCAGGCCUAACCCCUCUACAUCAGGCCGUACUGGACGGUAACAUAGCUGUGACUAAACUGUUGAUUGCUCAUGGAGCAGAUGUUAAUAAACAGGAUGAGGACUUCUGGACACCUUUACAUGCCGCCUGCGCAGAGGGACAUUCAGAUAUUGUCAGGUACCUCUUGUUACAAGGUGCUGACCGACAAAUACUCACAGACAAUGGAGAAAGACCACUUGACUUAGUAGAACCGACCGACUUUUCUACGAUCAAGGCAAUGUUGGAAGAUGUUGCAGCUUCAUGUUCUCAAGCAGAAAACAGUGAUGAGGAAGAUGAUGACAAUGACGACGACGAUGCUGACAAUGAUGAUGAUGAAGGGGAAGGGAAUAGGGGCAGGCAUCGAAACUACGGUGAAGACGAGGCCGAUGAUCAUGAUGACUACGAUCAUCAUAAUGACCAUGGUGAUCGUGAUGACAAUGACGACGACGAGGAGGGUCAUGAUCAUGGAGGUAAAGAGAACAUGCAUAGAAAUGCUAGACUCCUUGAAGAUGAAGAUGUCAUGGGGGAUUUAGAAUAUGUGUCACCGGAUGAGGAAGAGGAGGAAGAAGAGGAGAAUCGCAGGCAAAGAAGGUUACGGCAAUCAGAAAGAUCUCGGUCCGGCUCAAAGUCAACGUCUGAACAGGAAGUCCAUUACAGGAGCGAGGAGGACAGAUUAGAUAUGGAAGAUUCAGAGUUUGAACAGCGAAUGCCCAGACAAAAACACGAACAGUUUUAUGGGAGCCAGGGAGAAGAAGAAGUCAGUGAUGAGGAACACUUUGAGCUACAAGAAAAUUACUAUCAGCAGAAUCCUGAUUUAAACUACGAUAUUGAAAAUGAAAACGGGGAAUUUGAUGAACCACCGAGAGAGUUUGAAGAGGAAUUGUCUGACAGAAGCGGCGAUCGUGAAUGUAGACAACGUCCUCAGAGACAUUACAUCGAAGGGGGUUCCGAUGAAGAGAGAAAAGAGAGGUUUUAUUACGACAUCGAAGGCGAGGAGUCAGACGAAUUAAACAGACAUCGUGGUCAUGUAGAGCAUGAUGAUCACCAUCCAUGUGAUUCAGGGGAAGAACGUUAUUACAGAGAGAUUAACAAAGACGCAAACAACAACAGCAACAACGAGGAUUCUCAGGCACGACAGUACAACCAUCAACAGUGCAGCAGUGAAUUUCGAGGUGACUCAACAGAGAACGAACAGCUCAGUAAUAUCAGUGAACAGAGUGAAAACGAACAUCUACAUCUCCACAAACCGGGUGAGAUUUCUGCUGAUGAAAUCACAGCCUGAACGUUUGCCAGUGUUGUAUGAUUGCGUCUCAAGUGUGUGCGUAAAAUGUGGUUGAGUGGACGAGUGUUUUCAGAACAUUGUUUUAAUUUAAAUGAAAUUUUUAUCAAAGAUUUUUUUUUUUUUUUAAACAAAAAGAAAAGUAUACAUAUUAAAAAUGCAAUAUUGAAAGAAGAAUUAUUACGAUUGUGUACAAACAGUUCCAGGAAAUGCCUCUCUCAAGAGAAAAGAAAAAACAAUUUUCAGAUUGUAUUUUCUCCUCUUUUUCUACCAUUAUGUCUAUGCAAAUGAAGAAUAGAUUUUUUUAAAAAGAUUUUCAACAAAAAGAGUUAAUAUUUAACUGUAAAUGGUAACUUUUUUUUUUCACUUUUAAUUUAUUGAAAAUGACUGAUUAAAUUUUUAUU